AUGACGCUGGCCCUGCGCCAGUACGUGUAUAAUCCCAAGCCGCUGUACCACACAGGCCCCGUUAAGGCGACGCCGGCCCGGCGGGCGCUGCUGCUCACAGCGCAAUCGGCCAAACCGCCGCCGCGGCGCCGGUUGCUGAUCGACCACGCCCUCUCGUCGACGCAACAAGUGGAAGAAGAAGACGAAGACGAAGACUGUUUGGUGACCACUAAGACCACUAAGGUGUUGGACCAGUACGGGCGCACCCAGCUGAUCACGACCAAGACCAUCCGCACGUUGGCGGACGGGUCGCGCACCAUCGAGACCACCACCCGCAAUAUCAGCCGCCUGGGCCUGCGCCUGAACUCGUUGCGGACGGGGCUGUUGUUGCUGAACCAGGUGCAGCCGCAGCCGCUCAACUUGGACAAGAUCGACGAGGAUUUGCAGGACUUUGACUACAACUACUUGGACGAGAACCAGCCGCUCCAGCUCAACCAGCACCACCCUACCAAGCGCGAGCAGCAGCAGCAGCCGUACGUGCUGCCGCCGCUUAAGCCCGUCGACGUGCGCACGAACUCGCUCCUGAGCUCGCUGUCACAACCCAAAUUACGCCUGAUCCUCAAGAACACCCAGCGCCCUCCUCUAGCGGACGAGGCGACGAGAAUUGAGGUGAUUAAUGACGCUGACAUCGAACUCGAGCCCCACCCCUACCAGAACUUGAAACAGACUCCCAAGCUGCCGCCGCUUCUGCCGCCUCAGGUGCAACAGCUGGAGUUUGUCACCAUGGAGCGCCUCUCGUCGCCCGGCGGCUCCAUCAAGUUCAACAAUAUGGUUGAGACCCACCACUACUAUGACGCGCUGAAGAAGCUGCGCACGCUGCCGCAACAACCGCAACCAGGUAAGCGUGGUACUAAUAAGGAAGCCCUCGGCGCUCUGCUGACGGCGCCGCCGCUGGCCGACUUCUACGCCGCCGCUUUGGAAGCGGCUCACCGCAAGGUCUACGGUGACCGUGACCCUAACCAGGUUGCCGCCGCCGGCGCCGCUGGUGGCGCCGCUGGUGGCGCCGCGGUGGCGCUGCCUCCCAUCCCGCAAGAUAUCCAGGUGAAGCCGCUUGUGGUGCAAGAUGACGGGGUCCAGGCCAAUUACAACUACGAAAACCACCACAAGAGCUUUGUCGGCACGCUGUUGCGUGACGGGGUGCCGGCGCUGAAGCGCGAUCGCGAACGCGAGUUGGAGCGUGAGCGCAAGCGCCAGGCCAAGGAAGCUAAGGCUCAGGCUAAGGAAGCCAAGGCCCAAGCGAAGGACGCCGAAGGGAAGAAGGGUGUACUUGGUGGAUUGUUCAAGCGCCGCCGGGCCCUGGAGGAGGAGGAACUCGAGGUCGCCUCCCCAGAAGCCGCCCAGGCGCAGUUCACGCCGCCGCAAUCGCCCGGGUUCAUCGAGACCCACCAAGACGUGCAAAAGCUGAACCUGUUCAAGGACAAGUUGAAGCACGGUGGUCAGCGUAUUUUCGAGAAGUUUGAGGCCCCCGUUCAAGGUAAGCCUGAGGACUACGCCAAGGACACCGUGGCCGUGGGCGCCGUGGGUGCUACCGCUGCCGGCGCUAAUGGCGUCGGUGGUGUGGCCAAUGCCAAUGCCAACGUCAACUCCCCACCUGCCCAAGGCUUUGCCAUCAACAGCCGCGACGGCCGCUCGCUGUUUGAGCGCCGCCUGCUGGCCGAGCGCUUCGGCCCGCUGCUGGGUCCGGUUCUGUUGCCUCAACAACAACAACAGCAACAGCAAGUUCGCGCCCAGCCGGCGCAGGUUCUGGCGGUCGCCGUUCAGGAUACUGUGGUCAGUGCCGGUGGCGUCACUCAAGCCACCCGCACCGUCGUCGAAGAGCGUCUGCCCGCCGUACAACAGGCUGUGCACCAGGCCGCGUCCCGUCCUGUGGAAUCCAUGCCGAUCAUUGGUACCCCCACUGCGCCUAAGUUGACCAAGGACGAAGGCUUAAUUACCGAUGAACGCCAAAAGGCGCUUGGUCCCGCUUUCCAAGGUAAGAACCAACAACAACCGGCCACCACCACUGGAGCUGUCGUGGCUAACCCUGACGAGUACCAACACGGUGUUCAGGACGGAUUCCGUCGUGGUGAACAGCUUAAUGAACAAGACUACGAGCGAGGCUUGAACGCUGGCUACCAACAGGGUGAGGUUCGCAAUGAGCAGGACUAUGAGCGUGGUUUGAAUGCUGGUUAUGUCGCUGGUGAAGCUCGCAACGAGAAGGACUACCAGCGCGGUGUUCAUGACGCUCAACGCGAGGCUGAAUUGCGCCAACGCGAGCUCGAACUUCGCCAACGGGAAGCGGAACAAGCACGUCUCGAACAAGCUCGCAAGGCUGAACAGGCUAGAGAAGCACAACAACAAGCUGAGUACCAACGCGGGUUACAGUCCGAACACCUUAAUGAACAGGACUACCAGCGUGGUUUAGCUGCUGGUUUUGAACAGGGUGAAGCUCAAAAUGAGGCUGAGUAUGACCGUGGUUUAGCCGCGGGUAUCCAAGCGGGUGAAGCUCAAAGCGAGGCUGACUACCAACGUGGUAUUGUUGAGGGCCAAGCCGCUGGUCAAGCCCAACUUGACGCCGAUUACCAACGUGGCCUUGCUGCUGGUAGAGAGGCCGGUAAAGCGCAAGCGGAGGCCGACUACGAACGUGGUUUGCAAGCUGGUAGAGAAGCCGGUGCCGCUCAACUUGAACAGGAACGCCAACGUGAAAUUGAGGCUGAACAACAACGCCAGCGUGAGAUUGAAGCUGAACAGCAACGCCAGCGUGAAAUCGAAGCCGAGCAGGAACGUCAACGUGAACUUGAAGCCGAGCAGGAACGUCAACGUGAACUUGAAGCUCAACGGGCCAAGGAGCAGGCAUUGCAACGUGAACGCCAACGCGAACAGGAACAAAUUGCUUGGGCUCAGGCUGAACAAGCUCGUCAAGCUGACUACCAGCGUGGCUUGAAUGAUGGCUUGCAAACGGGUGAAAACGAGAACGAACAGGACUACGAACGUGGCUUGGAAGCUGGUUACGAACAAGGUGAAGUACUCAAUGAUGCCGACCACCAGCGUGGUUUGAAUGCUGGUUUCAAGCAAGGUGAAGUGAAGAACGAGCAAGACUACGACCGUGGUUUGGCUGCUGGAUUCCACCAGGGCGAAGUACAAAACGACCGUGACUUCGACCGCGGGUUGAACGCUGGCUACCAACAAGGUGAAGCUCAAAUCAAGCAGUCGCAAGCACUGUAUGAAGAAGAGUACCGCCAGGGGUACAAGGCCGGUUACAAGCGUGGUCUUGAACUACUCGACGAAGAAAAGGCGAAGGCUGCUCCCGCUGUGGCGACUGCCAACCUGACCUUGCCCACCACUUCCACCACUGCACCUACUGUUGUUCCUACUACUGGUAUUGUUGGUAAGUCUACUACUGCUACUACUGCGACUCCUGUGACUCCGCUGAAGCCACAACAGCCCGUAGUGGUGCAACGUACCGUCGUUGCCGCUGCCGCUGAGCGUCCCGAGAGCGGUGAGCUCGGGGUGAUUGACUCCUACGCCGUCACCCUGGACGAAGCCGCCUCUCCCGAUGCUGAACGCACUCCCUUGCAACGCAACAAGUCGCUGUCAUCGUACAAGCGGAUCCUGAAGUUGGGUGCGUUCUUCUCGCGCAACAAGUCUAAGGAUAAGGUCAAGGACAAGGAGGCUGAAGCGGCGGCCACUAAGCAACGGAAGGGGUCGCUGGACUCGCUGGCGACCGCUCCCAACUUCAGUGCUACUGCUCCCAACGCUAUUGGUACGGUAUUCGCUGGCGGGGCCACCUCGGCGAAGCUGGCUAACGUGCCUCAAGUUGCUCGCACGACUAAGCAAGACCCCGUCGAGAACACUGCGUUUGCCCUGUUGCCUCGUCUGAGCUCUACUAAUGUUCGCAACGCUGCUACCACUGGUACUGCUGCCAAUACCUCCAACUUCGAUAACUUGGAGACGGUGGAAGUGGGCGAGCUUGAUGGCGAACUGGAUGAAGAGUGGGGCACCCCGCCUCCCGAAUUGAAGGAGCCCGUGGACUUUCCCAUCGCUGCUGCUUCCACUAACAAGGAGAAGCUGAAGGCUCAGCUGGAAGCGUUGAUCACUGAACCGCAACACGCGUACUCGCAACACGCUCGCCAACCGGAACCUUUGCUUACUGACCGUCAAGCUGAACCAUUGAUCACUGACCGUAACGUGGGCGAAACGUACCCUGAACCGAGCUACUCGGUGUCAGAACCGUUGCGUGACGAAGACGAACUCAAUGAAGCCUACGACGACGCCUUUGACCGCACGCUGGACACUUCGAACUACCUGGCUGGUGACAACCGUGAACACGGUCUCCCUGUGGAACUGGUACAGCGGCUGGCGGGCGUCAACCCUGCUACCGACUCCAUCCCUGUUGUCGUGCCCCUUGACAGCCUGAAAGCUGCUCACGUCCAGGACCUCCCCGUGGUUAACCCUACGGGCGUUUCGGCUCCUACUCAACGUACGGUGGAACCGCUCAAUGACGACGUCGACCCUUCGAGCUACGCCCACACCAAGAUUGCGGUGCCCACGCUCGAAGACGUUGGCACCCCGGGCUUUGACAGUGCUGAAGCUAUCGACACCGGCCUGCUGUACUUUGCCGAGCUGAUCCGCAAGCCUAACACUGACGGCUACAACACCCACCUGGACCUGACCUACGACUACCUGAACUUGCCUGACCUGAGAUACGCGCUGAAGGCCGACAUGCCUGCUCCCAACAUCAUGAGCGAUGUUCCUGAGGACGUGGAGUCGCCGCAACACCUGCCGCGUGUGCCGAAGGACUUGGCCCUGGCAGCUGCUGCUGCUGCUCCCGCUGCUGCUGUGCGUGACGUUAACGUUAGAGAAGGUAACACUCCGAUCUACGCCAACGCUACCAAACAGCUGUCUAAGACUGCUACUGCUGCUAACACCACCACCCUGCCUAAGGUUACUCCUCUGCUGCCUAAGGCGACCUAUGUGGGCUCUGGCUCUACCCAACACCAGUUCACCACCCCCCACCACGUGAGCCACAAACAGCACGCGGGUCCCACCAUCAGUGCUCAGGCGAAAGCGGCGUCGCCCGAACCUCAAAACAUGACCCGUGGCGUGGAAGCGGCGUUUGCUAGAGGACUGCAUGCGUUGAACCACCAGCCCCAGCAACAACCGCAAGCCUACCAGACCACCUACCAAACCACCACCCACCAAAGAACCCGUCUGGGCGGCGGGUUUGCUCCCCCCAAGACGUCGCAAAACCGUGCUUCUCACGCGGCUAAGAAGCUGACGACGCUGCUGUUCUACGACGUCGACAACAUUGUUAGUGAUACUGAGGAUCGCGACUCACUUUUGGGUCGCCAGGCCGCUGCUAAGACUCGCUACUCCGGUGAGCUUGACCGCGAAGUGUUGAUUCAGCAAGAGGCGAGAGCCACUCAUGUGGUGACCAACGCUACUCCCGUGGCGAGCCCGUCGCUGCUGGCUCGUUUACAGCAGGAACGCACCCCGAUCGUCACCGACCUCGUUGAGCCGAAGCGGAAACUGUUGGACCCUAAGCGUGCCGACGCUACCGCUGCUAUUGGUACUACUGGUGCUGCUGCCACUGCUGCCUCGCCGCGUACGCCCCAGCUCCAACAAGGUGCUGGUUUCGGCACGUCUCCCUCGACGCAGCAACUGCCUCAAGGGCUUCCCUACGGGCAACAUACUCCCCGCGAGGCGCCCCACCUCGGCGGUGCUCCUCAAAAGCCGCUGGCAUCGGUGAACACCACCCCGAAGUCGCUUGUGGGAGCGCUGGCUCACACCACCCCUGCUAGUCCCCAAGUGAUCAACGCUGGUGGCUUUGGCUACUUAGCCGACACCGAGCCUCGCCCCAAGUUCCUGAACAACAGCGAGCACCUGACGCUGACCCACCUGGAGCAGCCCACCAACCUGACGGCGUUGACCAACCCCAACGAGUUCAUCCAGGAGGAGACGUACAUGACCGAGGAGACGGAGGUCAUCCCCCAGGCGCAGGCGGCGACUGGAGUGGCUCCCGCUCUGCCCUCGGCAGUAGCUAACGAGACUACCGUUAGUGAUGUCACCAUCGACGAUGGCCCGAAGAAGAAGAAGCGGGGUGGUAAGUUUAAGUCGAAGAUCAUGAAAUACUUCGUCAACCCACAAGUCGCUUAA